UCACACGUUGACACAUGCGCACCGCCUACGCUCCGAAAGCCCUUUUUUUGCAUAGUGUUGAACUGCUAGCAUCAACCGAGCAUCAAGAUGCAGCUCUUCUUGCGUGCCCAGAACACUCACACCCUUGAGGUGACCGGACAGGAGACCGUCAGAGAAAUAAAGCUCCAUGUCCAGACUCUGGAGGGUCUCCUAGUGGAGGACCAGGUACUAUUGCUGGACAGUUCCCCCUUGGAGGACUCCUCCUCUCUGGUGGACUGUGGCAUCUCUGAGUACUGCACCUUGGAAGUGGCUGGCCGACUUCUGGGAGGAAAGGUCCACGGCUCCCUGGCCCGUGCCGGUAAAGUGCGGGGACAGACACCCAAGGUUGACAAGCAGGAGAAGAAGAAGAAGAAGACUGGUCGUGCCAAGCGUCGCAUCCAGUACAACAGGCGCUUCGUCAAUGUUGUGCCCACCUUCGGCAAGAAGAAGGGCCCCAACGCCAACUCCUAAGAACCCUCCCUUCAAGAGAACGCUGAAAGGUUUUCCUCCUGUACAGAAUAAAGAUUUGCCUUGGACUAAAUAAA